AUGGCAACACAAGCAGAAAACUAGCAAACCCACUAAAAAUCAGAAUUUCACUAAUACCUUGAUAACAAUCAGCAAAUGGUGGAUUAAAUGAUGCGCAUAAUAGUAAAUCUUUACAUGGACCCAAAGAAAGUCUCAGAAACUCCAGAGUUAUAAGAUGAACUUGUAGCACUUGAACUUGAGGUAAGGGUUUCUUAAUAAGAGUUUCUUAAUAUGUUAAUAAUGCUUUGGAUGUAGUUGGAACAAAUAAAAGAAGAGACUUUAUGA